AUGGAAGAGGGUUAUGGCUCAGCGAGGCUUUCAAGGGUCGACCGCAGGAAAACGCUUAUCAAACCUGAAAGGUACCAGGCGGCUGCACCUAUGUUGCCCGGUAAAGAAAAAAAAUCUUUUGACGUUUGGGUGCUUUUCUCUAAAAUUGUCACUUUCUGGGCUCCUGGUGCACUCCUGUCUUCUAUUGGUGGUCUUCAUGAUGAACCAUCACAACAAGCUUGGCGUGAAAAAGUUGCUUUAUGCUUUAUUGCCGCUGUAAUGGGUGGUACUGUCGCUUUCUUAACGGUCGGUUUUGCUGCUGUGCUAUGUCCUCCAGAUCAAGCAAGUAAUCCCCAAUUAUUUAAAAGCUUUGGCGAAGCUCCAGGACAUCUUGGUGUUCUUGGUUGGCAAUUCGAUGUAUCUAAUGCAAAAAGUCCCUCAAAUUUUAAUUUUCAAAAUUUGUCUCAGGUACAAAAUAGUCAAGAUAUUACAAAUUCCUUUUUACGUGAUAACUCUAAAAUUCCUGGUUGUCAAGAUUCUUCAAUUCAACAAUUUGCUGCUGUAAAACUACCACUUUGUGUAUCUCCAUCUUGUCCACUUGAUCCUAUUAAUGAAACCACUUUUAAAGAAUAUAAUAUUGUUAACACUACAAAAAAAGUUGGUUUUGAUUGGAAUCAAGUUGAGAACAUAACAAACUAUUUAGUCAUUGAUGGUAGUGUACUUAAUCUUAAAAAUUAUAUGGUUGCAAACCCAAAACCAAUUCCAGGUGAUAUUAUGGACACUGUCAUUCGUACUGUUUUAAACACAACUUAUGGAAGAGAUGCUACACGUCUUUUCUUUGGUAGAGCUGAUUUAAAAGCUUCUGUUACUUGUCUUGUUAACAAGUAUUAUGCAGGAAAUAUUGAUAAACAAACAAUUGGAUGUUUCACCUCUGAACUUUUCUUAUACGUUUCAUUAACUGUCAUUUUGAGUAUCGUCUUAUGUCGAUUUUUUAUGGCUUGUGUUUUUGAUUGGUUUAUCUCUCAUCGUCUUGCUCUUGAACCAAAAGUUAAAAAAUCCGGCAAUUCCAUGUCUGAUAAACCUUGGACUCCUGGGACUUGUACUGUUAGAAAAGGAAUGACAAUGGACGAUGUUGGAAAAGAUUUGUUUACCAUUUUGCUUGUUACUUGUUAUUCUGAAGAUGAAGUUGGUAUAAGAUGUACUUGUGAAUCUAUGGCUGCUACUGAAUAUCCUGAUGAUCGUAAAUUAUUAUUCCUUAUUUGUGAUGGUAUCAUUAUUGGUAGUGGUAAUGAAAAGAGUACACCUGAUAUUUGUGUAGGUUUAAUGGAACUUGAGCCUGAAUUUUCUGAUCCACAACCUCAAAGUUAUAUUGCUGUGGCUGCUGGAUCUAAACAACAUAAUAUGGCUAAA